CCCACUAUAUAUACUUGUGCAAAGUUUCACUUAUUCCAUAGACAGAGAAAGAAGUACAAUUAAUUAGUUGAUUUAAGUGGGGAAAAAAAGAUGUCAAAUAUGUGCAGCUUAUUGAGGAGCAGUGAUCCAAUUGUUGGGAUGAUGAAUAUGUGUCCUGUUUUGAGUACUCCAAUUGACUGGAAAGAAACACCUCAAGCUCAUUGCUUCUUCGUCGACCUUCCAGGGCUUAGCAAAGAGGAUGUGAAAGUGGAAGUGGACAAUGGAAGAGUAGUGAAAAUUAGUGGAAAGUGGAAAGCAGAAGAAGAAGAAUUAGUUGAUGAAAAUGAUGAGACGAAGAAAUUAGAUGUGAAGUGGCAUAGAGUGGAACGUAACAGAGGGGAUUUCUGCAGAAAGUUUAGGCUUCCACAAAAUAUAGAGGCACAUCAACUCAAGGCAUCCAUGGAAAAUGGUGUCCUUAUUGUUACUGUCCCUAAACAACAAGUCAAAAAACCUUUCUCCAAAUUAAUUGAAAUUGAAGAUAAAUAAACAUAGACAAACUUUUAAGUAAUUAUUAUGGAUUGCAAUUUUUUUGCAUAAAAUAAAUUGUCUGUAUGUCUACUUUGUAAGGUUGUAUGUUGUGAGUGCCUUUCCAUGUUUUUAUAGUAUGUUUUCUGUAAUUUUCCUUGUAGUGAACUCAUGUGAUUAAUAAAUGAAUAUUGUCAUCU